AUGGCUACGUGUCUGACUUCGAGGAAGUCGAUGACCACCGAGGCGGCAAAAUUGUCGUUUAACUCAACGGCCAGUUCGUCAUCAAUGUCUCCUACCUGUUCUGCGAACCACUCAUGGCUGACCCUUUUCAGCUUGAACAAAUGUGGCGUCAUCAGCCCUCAUUCCAACGUCCGACUGGGAGACCUGGAGAAAUGGGGUGUCCGACUUCUGCCUGCCCGCCAGUUCGGCCAGGUCGUGCUCACCACGUCCGCCGGUAUCAUGCAUCACCACCAGGCUCGCAGAAAGAACAUCUCGGGCAAGAUCCUUGGGUACUUUUACUAG